AUGGCUCUUGAUGAGAAAGGCGAGUUGGAGAAGCAGCUACUCCAAACGAAGCAGGCCUUGGAUGUGGCUAGCACCACGAGUCAGCACCAGAUAGCGUGGAGCGAGGUUUUCCCAGUGCUACAACACGCACAAAGCAGUCUCCUUACAACGGCUAGUCAGGUUGGCAAAAUGCUUGACGUUCUUCAAAACAAACGAAAUGGCAUGUAUUUACCGGGCUCAACGAUAUAUCAGGAUGCCUGGGCAAACUCAACCGCUCCGCUUCCUGUGAUACAUGGCCACCAUCCGAUGGACACCUCCAUUACGCCACCUCAAUUCGCCGACUGCGGCUUGACAUCAUGA